GCUAGCGCCUCCACCACCGCGUCCCCGGGGGCGUGUAACCUGUGUGAGCGUGUAUCGCGGUGGGACAGGCCGACAGCCGGCGCGAGCUCGGUGUCGGUUGGUCGGCUUGAUGAUCGCGACGUGGACAUUUGGAGGAUUAGCAGCUAACGUUAGCUCACGGAGUUAGCCGUGUGUUGUGCUCUAACCACAGGACGAACACGUGUAUCCAAACUGUCUCUAAUGCUGCACUACGUUUUAUUUAUUUCGACAAAUAUGCUUUGCAUGCAGUAAAGCGUUUCUCUUUGUUGAGAAAAAUCAACUAUUCCGGCAAAUUGAUGCUAAACGUGGAUCGUCAACGCAUAACCCGAGCGUUAGCAUUCCACUUAGCUUCCUAAAAUACGCCCACGACAUUAACGAGUCUGCUCUCCACGCAGAGGGUCCCCGAUGCAGAUGAGCUCGAGGAGCUGAUGUUGCUGCUCGAUCACAUUUUAAUUAAUACGUUUGGCUUUGUUAAUUAACUGCGUACGACAUUGCUGGAGCACUGCAGCUGCCUUUAUUUACAUUUUAGCUCAUCAUUUGUGUGGUUGAAGGUUCCACUGUGUACGGGUCAUGCAGCUGGAGGACGAUGACGACGUUAGAAGCACAGUUUGAUUUCUCAGUGUGACGUUUAUUUCCCUUCCAAACCCAAACAACAAGUAAAUAUCAUAAAAUACAUGAAUAUGCAGCAGUCAUGUACACCUGCUCCCCUAUUCAUACAUCUCUGUGCACAUCUGGGGUAAAUUAAUACAUCCCAUAACCUAAUUAUGCAAACAACUAUAUAUCUCUGACUCUAUCUAAUAUUUCCUUUACAGAAAAUAAUGUGAUGUAGUAAUAUCCAAUAGUAUCCUUCCAACUUUGGUCCAGACACAAUGUUGAUGGUGUAUUUAUUCUUAGUACAGCAAGCUUCGUUCAUGAGCAGUGUCUGUUGUGGAGACUUUGCAUCAGGGAUUUUUGUAAACAAACAAACCGGAUCAAAUGAAUGCUGAAUAUCCUGUGGACACAAUCUUGGACACCUGUCCAGCCAAUACAUACUGCCGUUUGAGUCCAUGUCGGAUGUGUUUUUUCAAUGUGGUGAUUAUUAAGACCGUAUUUCUAUUAAAAAGGGUCCCUUCAUGUUUCUCUAACCCGUUGCCUCUUUCGCUGCGUCAGGUACACUUAGCCAUGUCUGAGUCUCUGUAUGAGAAGUUCUUGGCCCCGGAGCAUCCUUUCCCUCUCCUCUCCCAAAGAACCAACCUCAGCGACGUGGGGACCCUGGAUGUCAGUGACUUUGGCUUUCAACUCUCAUCUUGCCACAGAACAGAUCCCCUACACCGCUUCAACAGCAACAGGUGGAACCUCACUUCCUGUGGUACCAGCGUCGCCAGCUCCGAGUGCAGCGAGGAGCUCUUCUCCUCUGUGUCCGUGGGGGACCAGGACGACUGCUACUCCCUUCUGGAUGACCAGGAACUGACCUCCCUGGACCUGUUUCCAGAGGGCAGUGUUUGCAGUGACGUCUCCUCCUCCAUCAGCACCUACUGGGAUUGGUCCGACAGCGAGUUUGAGUGGCAGUUGCCAGGAAGUGACAUCGCCAGCGGCAGCGAUGUCCUCUCUGACAUCAUCCCGAGCGUGCCGAGCUCGCCGUGUCUGUUUUCCAAGAGGAGGCCAAAGACCCACCCUCAUCGCAACCUGGAUGAGUUGCCAUGGAGUGCCAUGACCAACGACGAGCAGGUGGAGUACAUCGAGUACCUGAGUCGGAAGGUCAGCACGGAGAUGGGCCUGAGAGAACAGCUGGACAUCAUCAAGAUCAUCGACCCCUGUGCUCAGAUCUCCCCCACCGACAGCGAGUUCAUCAUCGAGCUCAACUGUCUCACGGACGAGAAACUCAAGCAGGUGCGUAACUACAUCAGAGAGCACAGCCCCCGGCAGCGGGCCAGCAGCACCAGAGAGGGCUGGAAGCGGAGCAGCCACAGCAGCGGCAGCACCGGCGGCGUCAGCGUGGCGAGCAGCAGCAACGCCAGCAUGGUCAGCUCCGCCAGCUCCUCCGGCGGCUCCACGGCCUCCAACUCCGUGGCAGGUGGCGCGGCGUCGGCCUGCAGCGGAGGCAGUGUCUCCAACAUGAGCAGAGCUCACAGCGACGGGAACCUCUCCAGCACCGGAGAGCGCAUACGAGACUCUAAAAAACGCUCCAAGCAGCGUAAGCUCCAGCAGAAGGCCAUGCGCAAGCGGCAGCUGAAGGAGCAGCGGCAGGCCCGCAAGGAGCGCCUGAGCGGACUGUUCCUGAACGAGGAGGUGCUGGCGCUGCGGGUGACGGAGGAGGACGACCACGUCGACGACCUGGACAUCCUGAUGUGACACCAGUGACUCGAUCGGUGCCCCCCCCCCCCCCCCCCCUCAGAGCUCACGGACCACGCCGCUCCCCGAAAAACCGCCGCGCGCAGCAGCCUCGAGGAGGCCAACAGGAAGAGCUUGCAGUAGCCCCCACCUCGACACACACACACGUGCGAUACCACGGGCAGGUAUUUCAGCUUAAUACAGUUAACAAGCUUGUAGAUGCUGUAACGGCACACAUCCCCCCCCCCCCCCCGCUACUAAUGCAACCCCUCCCCCGCCGCUGACAGGAGGCCAGAGCGGGCCGAGAAGCAGAGUUCAGGCCACGUUGAGCAGGAAACCGGGUGUGUUCGUUUCUUCGUUGGCGUGCGAGGGGGCGGAGCCAGAUGCACAGCGCCAGUAUUUGACAUCCCCACUCUGGUUUAAACUGCUGCGGGUGGCGUUUACGGUGCGACGAUAGGAGGCAGUUUUAACGUGACGGCAGAGUGACUGUAAAUGGGAGCGUCGUCGUGGCGACACAUCUGGGGCGAAAACGGAAAACGAUCCCGAGUGUGAAAGCUUGCUUCGAUACGGCAGAGCCGAGUGUCGUGGUCCCCUUCCACCCCUUCAGGCCUCGAGGGAGCACUGAAUCUGCAUGUUUUAAAGUCGUCGCCCCCCCCCCCCCCCACACCGUGUGGUCAAAUAACUAACAGCUGGCUUCGUUUUUCGCUUUCUCCCGUUCAGAAACAUCACUUCUGUGCUGUAAAUACAUGAUAAAUAACAGCUGAUUACCGCUUGCUUUCAGGUUCUACCUGGUUUCAUUUAAUGUUCUUUUCCCAUUUUUUGUUGUGUGUAUGUAUGUAUAUAUAUAUAUAUAUUUAUGUAUACAUAUGUAUACAUAUGUGUGUAUAUAUAUACAUAUAUAUAUAUUUGUGUGUGUGCUAAGUUAGUGAACUAAUUGGUUAUCCAAUGAAAUGCUGUGCGUUGCCUCUGGUUCUUUGAUAUAUUUGGAGUCUUAUUUUGAAGCAUUUAGCUGCUGUAGUACUUCUGGUCUCCAUCUUUAGUUCCUCCCCAGCACUCCUCUCUUUAUUGUUUUGCUCGAGACGGACCGAAGUGAUCGUGGACGCGAGCGUAUUUUCUUGAAUGAUUUGACCAUCGCGAUAACUUUGGAGCAUCUGUGGUUUGUUUGUUUUGGCGCUGAACUUGGAGCUGGUUUCUUCAGCGCGUGUGCAUCCGACGUUGGGCCAUUUAACCUUCAGAAGCGUGUUCAUGUAGACAAAUCACUCCCCCCCCCCCCCAGUCUUGUGUGGAGUCGUAGCUCCCAUGCUGCUGGCAUAUUCGAGAGGUUAUUUCUUUUGUGCGUUUCCGUUUUGCCCACCGUGUGAAACACUUUCCCGCGGCCUUUGCUUCACGCGUCCCGGGCCGCGGCUCUCGUCUCCGUCUCUUUGUAUAAAGUUCUUCUUCAUCGUCGCAAUUAUGGUAAAUGCAGCUUUAUGUAUUCUGUAGUUAUGAAUUAGUAAAACUCUAUUUUGAAAAAUAAGAUACUUUUGAAAAAAAUAAUUAAAUAAGCCAGCGCGAUACAACAAAGGUGUUUUGUGUAUAUAAAGUAUAAUUGCUGAUAAUUGAUUUAUAUGUAGUUGAAACAAAAAGUUUAAACUGAAACCACCAGGCAGACCGGUUGAGUCCAGUGGAUUUGAACCGUCCGCUCCGCCGGUGUUCCCCCGGGUCCGCUCAGACCCCCAUGUGGUGCCCUGUGUUAUCACUAGCUGAAGCAUUUGAAAUACCAGAGAUGCCAUGUUGUGUGUGCCGCUCGAUAGUUCUGAUCGACUGUAAACCUGACAAAUAAAUUGGCAUUGUUGCAUCCUAUUGUU